GUGGGUUCCACGGGAGAAGGGGAGGCGCAGGCUUUCAAGACAAUACGGGGCGAGAUGAAAACAGACAUGUUGACGGAAGGGACAACAGAGGUCAGGGUAGGAGUGGGACUGGAGACUACACGCCAAAGCCAAUGGGCUUUGCUCGGCUGAAGACAUGGGCCGAGACAGAAGAUGCUGGCUCAUUGAUCUUAUUCAUGUGCGCUGAAUACAAGCAAAUUGAGCUUUUCCUCUCACAAAACUCGAUCAAAGAAGAUUGGUUUUUUCUGCUGGUCAAAGCUGUAAACCACGCGCUGUCAGCUCAGCACCAGAAGGAAUCUAUCAAAAAGUUGUUGGAGGUCUUAUGCAGAGGAAAGUUCUUUGAAACUCACUUAGUUGUCUUUUUCCUAGACAAAUCACAAAACGGAAAUUCGUGGGUCGAGGCUAAAGACGUGUUUACUUGGAUCACAAAUAUUUUGAAGGAAAUAUUGGAUAAACUUCCCCUUAAUGCUAGCAGUUGUAUGGUAGCUACAAGUAUCCUACUUCAGAAUGCCUGCACAUUUUCUAGUAUUAGUUCUAGCAGUGAUCUCAUGGACACCAUUAGAGAGUUAACUAUUAAAGCAAGGACUGUCAGAAACAACGAGAUGGAUAGAGAACAAGGCAAAAAGGGUGCCAAAUUUCUUAAAGCUGGAGAUGACGAACAACCCCCGGAUAAUUUUAUGGAUAUUUCAGUAAUUCCCACAGUCUUAGAUUUAAAGGAGGAUUCCCGACCAUUUGUUCGAAAAGCUAUCACCGAAGGAGUGUAUGAAGACGCCAAACACUAUCUGGACGUGCAGUUUAGACUCAUGAGGCAGGAUUUUGUUCUUCCCCUGAGACAGGGGAUCAACGAUUUUAUCAAGAAUGGUUCUAAAAAAGAUUUCUGGAGUUCCGACCUGAGGUUCUACUCUGAUGUGCAUAUUGCUGGAAUGGUCAGUAGAGAUGGGAUCGACCACAUCCUUCAGUUUGAUGUUUCAAAGCUGAAAAACAUAAAGUGGGAGAGCUCAAAACGUUUGAUAUUUGGAUCGCUGGUGUGCUUGUCCAAAGACAAUUUCAAGAAUGUUGUGUUCGCCACAGUGGCCCACAGAGACGUCAAACUGCUGGUUAAAGGAAACAUUUCCGUCAAUGUUAAAAGCGGUCAUGACAUUGUGUUCAAUUCAACGUCAAGUGACGUUUUCAUCAUGGCAGAGACAACGGCUUACUUUGAGUCCUAUUGCCAUGUCCUGGAAGGACUUCAGGAGAUGUCAACAAAUCUUCCGUUGCAGGACUACAUUAUCAAGUGCAAGAAGGAAUUAAAACCUCCAAAAUAUCUGCUGCCGUCGGGCGGGAUUGUGCACGGGAUACCGAUGUACAACAUCUCACCCUUGAUGUUGACAGGUGAGAGCAUAGAUGUGCCUGUGCUAACUACAAUAAAGUGGCCACAAGCAAACACGAUGUGCUUAAAUGAGUCCCAAAGAGAAGCUGCGAUCCUUGCACUGACAAAAGAAAUGGCCGUCAUUCAGGGACCUCCAGGAACAGGGAAAACCUACGUCGGUCUGAAAGUAAUGGAGGUUCUGUUGAAAAACAAGCAGGUCAUGGCCGGAAGCGUGGACAGCAUCUCUGACCCGAUUCUUGUUGUUUGCUACACAAACCAUGCCCUGGACCAGUUCUUGGAAGGUGUUUUGAAGUUCUGUCCUGACGGCAUCGUGCGCGUGGGUGGGAGGAACAGUUCGGAACAGCUCGAGAAAUUCAACAUUAAAAACCUGAAGCUUAAGUUAAGAUCGGAGAAAUCAUUUGUUGACAGGUCUGUAAGAAAUUCCAAAUCUGAAUGCAUGAGAGAACUGAAAGAGGUGUCAGAGGUGAUAAAUGGCAAGAAUACUAUCAUGAAUAACCUGGAGACAGAGAUUCAAGAUGAAGAAGUCUUGAGGGAGUUCAUGUUGGAGAGACAUCAUGCCAGUCUUGGCAGAGGUGGGCAAAAAAAAUCACAAAUGCGACAGUGGCUAAAUGCUUCAAAUGAAACACCUCAAGCCAUCAUACCACAGAUGAUCAAACAACACCUGACCAAGCUGGUGCUGAAGUGGACAACGGUUUCAGAAAACUUGUACCUCACUGAGAAAAUGGACAUCACUCAGAGGGCCAGUCUUUAUAUGCAUUGUGUGAUGCUCUACAGAAAUGCACUGUAUCAGGAAAUGACGUAUCUGUCUCAGCAGUAUCAAAAUCAGUUCAUUCACGGACAAAUACAAAAUCUGGAGCGUAUGUUUCAGCUUUCGUUCACCGCCAUCAUCCCAGACCAGCUUCUCCAGUGGGUUUUGCAAGAAUAUUUGACAGACUCAUUUUUUGAAACAAUUUACAAGAUGGUUGAAAGAGGCAAAAAGGCACAGUUUACCGAUCAUGUGGUAGAAGCCUGGCUCCUUGGACUGCACAAGGAUUUUCACGGUCAGCUUGAUGAAAUUCAGACCCUGACAAAUCUUUUGAGUGGCGAAGAGGUGGACAGAGACACAUUUGAUGAUUCUGAGAUGUCCAAACUGGCCCAAGAUGAACGAAUGAUUGAUGAUGGGGAUGACGAUGAGGAUGAAGAGGGAGGACCUAACUAUGACGCCAAAGUGAAGCUUGCGAGGAACUCGAUGGCUUCUGUAAUACAGAGAGUGGAAAUGUUAGGAAUAAAAGAGGACACAUUACCUAUGAAUGAGAGUGAGGCUGUUGAUGAGUGGACGACUGUCAGCCACGCCAAACCCCUCACUUUUAGAAAAAUCCGGCACAAGCUGUUAGCCAUCAAGCCAAUGACAGACAUUGAAGAAGACAGAAUAACAGAUGUCUGGGCCUUAGAUCUGAAUAAGAGAUACGCCUUGUACAACUGCUGGAUUAAAAAAUUCAAAGAGCAAAUGACGUCACAGAUGGAAGAAUACAUCGAGCGUUACACUGCAGCCUUUGCUCGUAAGCAGGAAAUCAACAGAGAAGAAACUUUGUUUUUGUUGAGGAAGGCCAGAGUCAUCGGCAUGACAACCACUGGGGCAGCCAAACACAGGGCUGUACUCCAGGCUCUAGGCUGUAGGAUCAUUGUGGUGGAGGAAGCUGCUGAAGUUCUGGAGUCUCACAUCGUGACGGCCCUCAACAAGAAAUGUAACCACCUGAUAUUGAUUGGCGACCACCAACAGCUGCGUCCAAACCCAACCGUCUAUCUUUUGGCUAAGAAAUUUGGUCUUGAAAUAUCACUGUUUGAGAGACUGAUAAAAAAUGGAGUACCUCAUGUGUUAUUGAAAGAACAACACAGGAUGCGUCCGGAAAUCUCCAAAAUAAUGCAACACAUUUAUCCCGAACUACAGAAUCACUUAUCAGUAUUUGAGUAUGCACGGGUACGUGGUUUGUCCAAAGAUAUUUUCUUUAUUGAUCACAAAGAAAAAGAAACGAAAGUAGAUGACACCAAGAGCAAAGCAAACCUAUAUGAGGCCAAGUAUGUCGUGUGUCUGUGCAAAUAUUUCAUGCUCCAGGGAUACGAUCCAUCCGAGGUGACCAUCUUGGCAACAUACACAGGCCAGGUUUUUGCCAUCAAGAAGACAAUGAAAGAGAUGAAGUUUGAGGCUCGCGUGAGAGUCACAGCCGUGGACAACUACCAGGGAGAAGAGAAUCAGAUCAUCAUUUUGUCAUUGGUGAGGAGUAAUGUCGAGAACAACGUUGGGUUUCUCAAGGUGGACAACAGAGUAUGUGUGGCGCUGUCAAGAGCGAAGAAAGGUCUGUUUGUCAUUGGCAAUUUUGAGUCCUUAGAAACACAAAGUGGUCUGUGGAAAAAUAUUGUUGCAACUGCCAAAGACGAUAACAUAAUAGGCAAUGGGCUCCCCGUGUGCUGCCAGAACCACCCGGAGUUUCAAGAGGUCAUCACUUCUUACAAAGACUUUGAACUGAAAUGCCCAGAAGGUGGUUGCGGCCGCCCAUGUAGUUACAGAUUGAACUGUGGCCACGUCUGUGCCCGUAAAUGCCACGGAUACGACCUGGAGCACACAAGUUAUAAAUGCAGCAAACCCUGUGCCAAGACCUGUCCUGAAGGCCACAACUGCUCCAAGAAAUGCUUCCAAGAAUGUGGAGACUGCAAGGAAAUGGUGAAAAAGGUGAUUCCGUUGUGUGGACACAAGGAUCUGGUGAGGUGCCACAUGGCACCCAUUAAAGCCGUGUGCUCACAGCAGUGUUCCAGUCUGCUCGGCUGCGAGCACCAGUGCCCGGGAAAGUGCGGGGUUUGUAGGAUUAAUGGUCUCCACAGCGAAUGCACUUUUCAGCUUCAGCACGCGUGGCCGUGUGGUCACAUUUCCAGUAUCGCCUGUGGAAAAAAGCAGAACCAAAUACCAUGUCCAAAAGAGUGCAAUGGACAGCUGGACUGUGGUCACAAAUGCAAAGGGACGUGCUCAGAGUGUCUAGGUGGAGCGGUGCAUGUGGCGUGUAAAGAAAAAUGCAAGAAACUCCUUCCUUGCGGUCAUAAAUGUGAAGGUUUUUGUGGAGUGGCCUGUCUGCCAUGUACAAAGCCUUGUCCAACCAAAUGUGUACACGGCGCUUGUUACUCAGGAAAGUCUCAACAGAUGUGUGGCCAUGAAUGCAUUCCAUGCAAAGAACCCUGCAGGAACAAAUGCAGUCACAAUGGUUGUGUAAAGCUUUGUUCAGAAAUGUGCAGCAAGCCGCAGUGUAAUGAGAGAUGCAAUAAAAAAGUUCACGUCUGUAAUGGCAAGUCAAAAAAAAAAGAUUGUAAAGAUAAGAUGCAUUCGUGUACACAUAAGUGUUCCGGGCUGUGUGGGGAAGGCUGCGUAUGUGCCAUAUGUCAGAAAGUCACAUCUCUGCCAAUUAAAAAAGAAAACAAAGCCAGUGUUCCAGAACAGCAAGUACAAAGUAUGGAUCAAGGAGAGAACAAGAUUGUUAUAAAAGUCCCUGGCUGCCAUCAUGUUUAUUACGUAGAUGAGUUUGACGCCUAUGUUAAAAAUUUUGACCCAGAAGGCUCUAAGAAUAUAGAAUGCCCCGCGUGUUCAAAGCCCAUAGUGGAGAUGAGACGUUAUCAAGACAUUAUCAAUGCCAGGGCUAAAAACAGAGAGGCCGUCAAAAGAGAACUCAUAAAAGGAAGUGAGGUCAGCAAGGAGGACAAGCGGGAACUCCAGCUGUCACAGAAUGACAUCGGUGGCAUUUCUUUCUUGGACGAAUUCCGUGUCAUUCACGGAGAGGAUGUACAAAAUAAAAACGAGAUGACGGUGUUAUCUUUUCAGCUAAAGUGCGCUUUCAUGCUCGGCGCCAUCUUGUCUGUCGGCGAAGGAGCUUCAGAAGACCCGCUGACACCCAUAAAGAAAGCAUUGUUGAAAAUAAAUAGCGGGCUGACCAAACAGCAAAGGGACGAGUUUACCACUGAGCUUCUCAAACGUUUGAGAUCGGAAUAUCUGAGAAAGCUGGAGGAGUUUGGCAGUUUGUACGAAGUGGCGGUGCCGGUCCACUGGAGAGAACAGAUUAACGAAAGUAGGCGGGCCUUAAGUCAGCAGAGAGCCCAUAAGGACAGCCUCGAUAGAGCUAAGCAUGUCGUGGAUUCAUUCAAGAGAAUGAUCGUCAACGACGAAAAUGCUAGCUCAUUUCUGAAGAUGCAGUGUGAGGUUCUGCAGAACUCAAUCGAAAGGGCAACGAAAGUUAUGACUUCAGAUGAUGAUGAGGUGAGUGACCAGGUCAUGACAUAAACAAAGACAGAAACAGAUUGACAUACUUAUCUAAAAUAUGUUAUAAGAGUAUGCUAUUUUACAUAAUAAUAAUUGUAAGUUAUUUUGUUUUUAAUGUAAGGUUGUUUUUAAAAGUCAAAUUUGACAAAAUCAACACAAUCAUUUGGGUUAGUGUUUUUACAUUUCUGACAACCCAAGGUGGGUGACAUUUGUAGAAACAUUAAACGGACCAUUAAGAUGGAAAUUAUAUAUUUUGUGUGCUUUCUAUUAAACAUAAUAUGCAUUAAAUUUUCUAUUUGAUUUUAAUAACCAGGAACCAAUUUGUAAAAACUCAUUUAAAAUUGAAUGUAGUGAACUAAUGAGAUACUGGUAGCAAAAUGUAAUACAAAGAAAGUAAAUGAGAUCACCAGUUAAAAACCACAAGUUUAGUUCAUCAAACUCAUCAUUUACUUAGCUUGACCUAGCUUUGCUAUCUGUCAUUAGUUUCUUGAUCACAAUCCAUGGUUAUUUUUAUAAGUUCUAGCCUUCCAUUGUUAGUGCUAGGUCAACAUCAAUCUAAUAGUUUAGACACAAUUCUGCUCUAAAAGGAGUUGAAUAUUUGGGUUGUUGUCGUAGAUGCUGCAUGAUGUUCUGCACCCAGAAGAGAAAGCAAGAAAAGCAAUGAUGAAAUUAAAGUCUUCCAUCAAUAACCCUACUACAGAAAGGUAAUGAUUUAAGAUUGAAUGGAAAGAUGAUUUAAGAUUGAAUAGAAAGGUAACGAUUUAAGAUUGAAUGGAAAGAUGAUUUAAGAUUGAAUAGAAAGGUAAUGAUUUAAGAUUGAAUGGAAAGGUAACGAUUUAAGAUUGAAUGGAAAGGUAAUGAUUUAAGAUUGAAUGGAAAGGUAACGAUUUAAGAUUGAAUGGAAAGAUAAUGAUUUAAGAUUGAAUGGAAAGGUAAUAAUUUAAGAUUGAAUGGAAAGGUAACGAUUUAAGAUUGAAUGGAAAGGUAAUGAUUUAAGAUUGAAUGGAAAGGUAAUGAUUAAAGAUUGAAUGGAAAGGUAAUGAUUUAAGAUUGAAUGGAAAGGUAACGAUUUAAGAUUGAAUGGAAAGGUAAUGAUUUAAGAUUGAAUGGAAAGGUAACGAUUUAAGAUUGAAUGGAAAGGUAAUGAUUUAAGAUUGAAUGGAAAGGUAACGAUUUAAGAUUGAAUGGAAAGGUAACGAUUUAAGAUUGAAUGGAAAGGUAAUGAUUUAAGAUUGAAUGGAAAGGUAAUGAUUUAAGAUUGAAUGGAAAGGUAACGAUUUAAGAUUGAAUGGAAAGGUAAUGAUUUAAGAUUGAAUGGAAAGAUGAUUUAAGAUUGAAUAGAAAGGUAUCGAUUUAAGAUUGAAUGGAAAGAUGAUUUAAGAUUGAAUAGAAAGGUAAUGAUUUAAGAUUGAAUAGAAAGAUAAUGAUUUAAGAUUGAAUAGAAAGGUAACGAUUUAAGAUUGAAUGGAAAGAUGAUUUAAGAUUGAAUAGAAAGGUAACGAUUUAAGAUUGAAUGGAAAGGUAAUGAUUUAAGAUUGAAUGGAAAGAUGAUUUAAGAUUGAAUAGAAAGGUAACGAUUUAAGAUUGAAUGGAAAGGUAAUGAUUUAAGAUUGAAUGGAAAGGUAACGAUUUAAGAUUGAAUGGAAAGGUAAUGAUUUAAGAUUGAAUGGAAAGGUAAUGAUUUAAGAUUGAAUGGAAAGGUAAUGAUUUAAGAUUGAAUGGAAAGGUAACGAUUUAAGAUUGAAUGGAAAGGUAAUGAUUUAAGAUUGAAUGGAAAGGUAACGAUUUAAGAUUGAAUGGAAAGGUAAUGAUUUAAGAUUGAAUGGAAAGGUAAUGAUUUAAGAUUGAAUGGAAAGGUAAUGAUUUAAGAUUGAAUAGAAAGGUAACAAUUUAAGAUUGAAUGGAAAGGUAAUGAUUUAAGAUUGAAUGGAAAGAUGAUUUAAGAUUGAAUAGAAAGGUAACAAUUUAAGAUUGAAUGGAAAGGUAAUGAUUUAAGAUUGAAUGGAAAGGUAACGAUUUAAGAUUGAAUGGAAAGGUAAUGAUUUAAGAUUGAAUGGAAAGGUAACGAUUUAAGAUUGAAUGGAAAGGUAAUGAUUUAAGAUUGAAUGGAAAGGUAAUGAUUUAAGAUUGAAUGGAAAGGUAAUGAUUUAAGAUUGAAUAGAAAGGUAACGAUUUAAGAUUGAAUGGAAAGGUAAUGAUUUAAGAUUGAAUGGAAAGGUAAUGAUUUAAGAUUGAAUGGAAAGAUGAUUUAAGAUUGAAUAGAAAGGUAACAAUUUAAGAUUGAAUGGAAAGGUAAUGAUUUAAGAUUGAAUGGAAAGGUAAUGAUUAAAGAUUCAAUGGAAAGGUAAUGAUUUAAGAUUGAAUGGCAAGGUAAUGAUUUAAGAUUGAAUUUAAAGGUAAUGUUUUAAGAUUGAAUGGAAAAGUAAUAAUUUAAGAUUGAAAACAAUUUUACUACUAGCAAUGAUGCGCUUCUCUUGUAAAGUUGACAAAACACUGUUUGGAAGUAGUUGUCACAGUGGUUCCCAGAAUAUUUGACUCAAGUAUUAUUGUGAUUCAUAGCACCUUGUGCAUGGUGAAACCUGGUAGAAAUUUGUGAAUAGUGAAACCUGGUAGAACCUUGUGGAUAGUGAAACCUGGUAGCACCUUGUGAGUAGGGAAACCUGAUAGCUCUGUGUGAAUAGUUAAACCUGGUAGCACCUUGUGCAUAGUGAAACCAGGUAGCACCUUAGAAGCGUGAAACCUUGUAGAACCUUGUGAAGAGUGAAACCUGGUAGCACCUUGUGCAUAGUGAAACCUUGAAGCACCUUAGAAGUGUGAAACCUUGUAGAACCUUGUGAAGAGUGAAACCCUGUAGCACCUUGUGCAUAGUGAAACCUGGUAGCACCUUGUGCAUAGUGAAACCUGGUAGCACCUUGUGCAUAGUGAAACCUGGUAGCACCUUGUGCAUAGUGAAACCUGGUAGCACCUUGUGCAUAGUGAAACCUUGUAGCACCUUGUGAAGAGUGAAGCAUUUAUUUAAAAAAUAGUUUACAAUUUCCCAUCCCCUCAAAAAAAAUCCAUAAAUCUUUCUAGAAAUUUUACGCAUCCAAAACGUUCAAAUUGACUGGCUUAUAUUUACUGGCUAUUUAUUUUAACUUUAAAAUAAAACAUAUGCUAUCUAUGUCCAUAAAUGACAAAUAAAGCAUUCAAAAAAACUCUUUAUUGAUGUUUUAAAAAAAAAUGUCUUUAAUAAAUCUUUAGCCCAAUUAAUAACUAGUGGCCCUAUUUAAAAUUUGAAUAUUUUAAGUUUUUUUAACAGUUUAAAAAAAUGAUUGUUUAAUUGAAAUGAAAGUUAUAUAUGUAAUAACUACUCAUUUAAAAAAAAAAAUUGUUUCAAUAGGGCUGCUCCCCCAACUGAAAGAUUGUCCAGCAAAUUGGCCUCAACACCAAUGUCAAGCUUAAUAAAGCAUUCGGCUCAAGGACAGCAGCUGCCGAGUCUGGGAGACUGGGGAAAAGAACAGCAAACCAAGCUGGCAAAGAAACUGCCAGAGAAAGCAUCAGAGAAAGCCCCAGAAAAACCUUUCAGUACAAGACCCCAGCAGGAGUGUUUUCUUAUCAAUCUCGAGUCUGACUCAGACUCUUCUGAACAAGGAUUUCAGAUGGAUGAGGCCGACAAUUACUCAAGCUCUGAUUGAAGUUCGUAUUUUUAAAAAUAGAUUUUCCUAUGUAACAUAAAUUAAAUGUAAAAUUAAAAUUUUUGGAAAUCGGACAUUUUAAUUUUCACAAGAGAUGAACUGAUUAAUUAUAGGUAUCUAUUAUUUGAUAGAGUCUAUCAUCAUUAUUUCAUUCAGUUCUCAUGCACUUACUGGUUUCACAGGGUUGUGCUUCUUUUCUACAGAAUUUUUUAUUUCAUUUUGCGUCUGUUCACUUUGGGUCUUCUGCUGUUUAUCUUCCCUAUGCUGUCCACCCCAGUGCUGUUCAUCUUAUUGCUGUCCAUCUUGAUGCUGUCCAUCUUAGAGUUGUCCUCUAGACAAGAUUACUCCAUCACCAUAUAAAUGAUUAAUUGGUCGUUAUUAAAUAAUUAAAAAUUUAAUUUAGUUUAGCUCCUGGGUCUGUUAUCUACAAUCACUUUAGCGUAUUUCUGAUCCAAAUAAACUCUGGUGUAUUCAGCUAACCCAUGCCAAAAUGAGAUGCAAAGUGAUAUUAAUGGCAUUUGGAACCAGAUAGCAAAUUGUUGCUGUGAGCAUGCUAAAAUAGCAUGGACACAAGGGCUAUACAUUUAAUCAUGGAAUCAAUACAAUUUAAUCUGUGUAAAAGCUUAAUCGCAGUCCAACACUUUACGAAUUAGUUAAUAGAAUUUACAGGCUGUUUUUUGUGUGGCUUAUUUCUUUUUCAAUAUAUUUGUGUCAACUCUGGAUUGAAGAUGAGUUGUCUGUGACUUAUGAGUUGUCUGUGACUUGACUUAUGAGUUGCCUUCGAUUUAUGAGUUGUCUGUGACUUGUGACUAAUGACUUUUCUGUGACUAGUGACUUAUGACUUUUCUGUGACUUGUGGCUUGUCUGUGACUUAUGACUUGUGACUUAUCACAUUGCUUUUCUGUUGAUACAAAUGUUUUUAUUUUUAUUAACAAAUAGUUAAUUCAAGUAUCUAUUGUUUUCUAAACAUUACCAACCUAGUUGAAUUUACAAAUGUAAUUUGGUGAGGAAUAAAUUACAAUGUUCUCUUUGUAUUAUCAAAGUUUUAUUGAUUGUAUCACCUGGUGGAUUCAGGAAGUUGAAUCCAAUUUUUAAAUUCAUUGACAACAUUAUUUAAAUAUUUUGUUUACUUUUAAUAAUAUGUAAAUUAUUCAGGAUAUUAUACCGGCUUAUCCAUAUCUUUUUAUAAAUGUG